AUGGUAUUGCGCGGCCUCCGCAAGACCGCGGCCAAGGCCACGGGCGUCCACCACGCCUUCUCGCGCAAGAAGAAGGCGCCGGCGCGCCUGCUGACGAACGGCGAGCCCGGCGAGCAGCACGAGGCGCCGGCGCCGGCGCCGGCGCGCGCCGAGGCAGCCCCGCCGGCGCCGCCGCCGCAGCACUACCUGACGAAGGUGGCGCCGCCGCCGCCGCCGGUUCAUGAGACGCGCGGCCUCGCCUGGCUCCUCGCCAGCGUCCUGGCGCGGCUCCUCGCGGCGAUUCUCGCCGUGCCCGCGUGGCUCUAUCGCGCCGUCGCGCGGAAGCGAAUUCCGGCGGCGGCCGCGCCCGCGCGCGCGGAGGCGGACGCGCCGCCGGCGCCGGCGAAGCCGCCGCCGGCGCCGCCGGACGCGUCGCCGAAGCCUUCGCCGCCGCCGUCGCCGCCGGACGCGUCGCCGAAGCACCACACGCUGCGCGAGUCGCUCGCCGAGGAGUUCCCGAAGACCGCGGCGCUGUGCGGCGGCAAGAGCGAGCGCGAGCUGCCGCUCCCGGACGCCUACGCGGGCGUGCCCGCCGCCAUCCGGGCGAAGGUCGAGGCGCUCGAGGCCAUGCUCGCGGGCGACUUCCCGACCUACGGCGCCGCGGCCAUGCGCGAGCCCCUCAUGCUCGCGCGCUUCGUGCUGGCCCGGCCGACGCUGGAAGAAGCCGCGGACAUGUGGCGCAAGACCCACGCCUGGCGCGCGCUCCACGUGCCCCGGGCCCUGGAGGAGUGCGGCGCCUUCGGCGACCCGGCGCACGGGCCCUGCGACGGCGCGCCCGCGCGCGGCCGGUGGACGUGGCGGCGCCACGCGGACCCCGCGAGCCCGGGCGCGCCCGGGCGGACGCUCCGGGGCUCCAUGGCCAACACCUACGGCACGGCGACGCUGCUGCGGCGCGGCGGCGAGACCGUCGUCGCCUCCGACGGCGACCCCGUGGCCGUGUCGCAGAUGGGCCGCAUGGACCUGGCCGGCAUCGUCCGGGAGCACGCGCUCGACGUGCUCCAGAUGUACCAGGUCUCCUUCCUCGAGGACUGCCUCCAGGAGGCGCGCGCGCGGUCCGCGCGCGAGGGCCGCCUCGUCCGGUGCCACACGCUCAUCGACCUCGACGGCCUCUCCGUGCUCGUCGCCGCGCGCUGCAUCCGGAAGAUCCUCCCGCCCAUCGCCAAGGUCGCGCAGCAGUACUACCCGGAGGUCAACAGCUCGAACACGGCGAUCAACGCGCCCAUGGGCGUCGAGUCCCUCUGGCGGAUCGUCCAGCUCUUCAUCGACGAGAACAUGCGCCAGAAGGUCCGCAUCGUCGGCCGGUCCUACCGCGGCGCGCUCGUCGACCAUGCGAAGAUCGCGGACCUCGCGAAGCUCGCGCGGCGCCACGGCGGCGACGUCCCCGACGCCGAGCUCCUCCCGGCCUGCCCGCCCAUCCCCCAGGGGUUCCGGGAGCUCGUCGACGCGGACCCGACGCCGCCCUUCCUCCAGGACAUCAUUAGCUAG